AAAAUAUUUUCUUAAUGUUUUCUUAAUACGUAGCAAUUUUUUAUUAUAUUUUUAAUAUUCAAAUACAAACACACAUACAAUAAGGUGUGUGUGAAAGUGUGAGUGUUUAAGUUAAAGCUGUAGUUUUUUUUUGUUGUUGUUGUGGGGAAUAAAUAGUGCGUUGUUGUUGUAUGUUCGUGGGUUUUCGGGGAGUCAGUCUGAGACUCAAGUCUUGUUUGCGGGUUUUGUGUUUUUAAAAUUAACAAUAUUUGUAGUUGUUGUUAAACACAUUCGGUUUAUAGUCGAUGUUGUUGUUGUUGUUGUUGCUAUUUAUAAACCAAGCUGUGUGCUUUUUUUAAAUUCAUUAUUAUUUAUUGUUGCUAUUGUUGUUGUUAAAAGUGUAGUGUACUUAGAAAAAAGUGAAAAAGCGGUAAUAAUAAAUGAAAUUGUUAUACCUGGCUUCAUAAUCAUUCAUUCCUACAACUACAAGAGAAAAAUAAAAAAAAAUAAAUAAAUUUGAAAAAAAUAAAGAAAUAACCACAAAAAAGCUAACCAAAUAAAAUGAUAAAAGCAAUUCAAGGUGAAAAAAGAAAUACAAAUAAAAGAAAUUGAAUAGAAAAAAUAAAAAAAAAAUAUUUAUUGUAAAAGUAGUAAAUACCCCACCUUUUUAAUCAUUUAAUCAUAAUCAUUUAACUAAUUCCUAUUAAAAGCUAUUUUAUGUCAAAUUAGUGCUAAACAAAUCAACUAAUUUCAAGUGUCAACUUUUUUUUUAACGAAAAUUUUGUUUUUGGAAAUUAAAUUCUUAUUAUUAGCGAGCGUUUAUCAAAAGACCUCAAGCAACAAUAGCAACAACAACUACAAAAAGAGCAAUAUAAUAAUACUUGAUUUAACCAUUAUUUAGUUCAACGAAAAAAAAAAUAAUAAUAUUAAAGACGAAAGAGAAGAGACAACAAGAUUAUAUAAUAAAUAUUAAUAACAACAAAAAAACGACUAUACACCAAAAUCAUUUAUAGUAUAACCACUGAAAGCAGACCGGACCAGACCUACCACACCAGAUUUUAAGUACAUACAUGCAACAGUUUGUUAUACGACUAGGAACAUAUUUUGAAACAAAAGCAACAAAACCAUUUUUAACCCAAGGGGCCUUCAUCUUCUUCAACCACAAGUGCUCCUUCUUCUCCUACUUAUUUAUUUUCAUGCUUAAAAACAUACAAACACUUAUAAAUGUUUAACUAACAAAACAAGAACAACAACUUUGGCUGUGGUAAAAGUUUUAUGUAUGGACACUUAAAGACAAAAUGGGUGACAAUAUAAUUGGUUCGGCCAGCUUUUUGCAUUUGGGUGAUAUUGUUUCACUCUAUGCCGAAGGUAGUGUGUGCGGUUUCUUAAGUACUUUAGGUUUGGUUGAUGAUCGUACUGUUGUGUGUCCGGAGGCAGGUGACUUAAAUUAUCCUCCCAAAAAGUUUAGGGAUUGUUUGAUUAAAGUAUGUCCUAUGAAUCGUUAUUCGGCCCAGAAACAAUUCUGGAAAGCCGCCAAACAAUCAGCCAGCUCGAAUACAGAUACAAAUUUAUUGAAAAGAUUACAUCACGCUGCCGAAAUAGAAAAGAAACAAAAUGAAACGGAAAACAAAAAAAUUCUUGGCCAACAAAUUCAAUACGGCAGUGUGGUACAACUGCUCCAUCUCAAAUCGAAUAAAUUUCUCACCGUUAAUAAACGUCUUCCUUCACUGCUGGAGAAAAAUGCCAUGCGUGUCUAUCUCGAUGCCAAUGGCAAUGAGGGUUCCUGGUUCUAUAUCAUGCCCUUCUAUAAGCUACGUUCCAUAGGCGAUAAUGUGGUCGUGGGCGAUAAAGUUAUUCUCAAUCCCGUUAAUGCUGAUCAACAGAAUCUACAUGUAGCUGCGAAUUAUGAAUUGCCCGAUAAUCCCGGAUGUAAAGAAGUAAAUGUCUUGAAUUCGUCCACCUCCUGGAAAAUCACUUUAUUCAUGGAACAUAAAGAGAAUCAAGAACAUAUACUCAAAGGAGGUGAUGUGGUGCGUUUGUUUCAUGCCGAACAGGAAAAAUUCCUGACCAUGGAUGAGUAUAAAAAGCAGCAGCAUGUUUUCUUGAGAACUACCGGACGUACUAGUGCAACGGCGGCUACUUCUAGUAAAGCUUUGUGGGAAAUCGAAGUGGUACAACAUGAUUCCUGUAGAGGUGGUGCUGGACAUUGGAAUUCUUUGUAUCGUUUUAAACAUUUGGCCACCGGUUAUUAUUUGGCAGCAGAGCUGGACUCUGAAAAUGUCAAUACAUCGGCUCAGCAACAACAACAGCAGCAGCAAGUGCAGCAACCUUUGCAGCAGCAGUUAAUAAAUCUAAGUGGAGAAAAUGCUAAAGACUCCGGAAUAGGCUGUAAUUCAACCAUGAUAGAAAAAACAAAACUGGAGCAAUACCGCUUGGUUUCGGUGCCCUUUUCCACAGAUAUUGCCACCGUCUUUGAACUUGACCCCACCACAAUGGCACGAGCCGAUAGCUUAGUGCCCCAGUCUAGUUAUGUGCGCUUACGGCAUCUUUGCUCCAACACUUGGGUUCAUGCCACUUCCAUACCCAUCGACAUUGAUGAUGACAAACCGGUAAUGUCUAAAGUCUGCUGUUCGCCCAUUAAAGAAGACAAAGAAGCUUUUGCUUUGAUACCAGUCUCACCCGUCGAAGUACGUGAUUUGGACUUUGCCAAUGAUGCCUGCAAAGUAUUGGCCACGGUUACCGCUAAAUUGGAUAAUGGCACUAUAUCGAUUAAUGAAAGACGUUCCUUGAUUUCCUUACUGCAAGAUAUAGUCUAUUUUAUAGCCGGCAUGGAAAAUGAACAGAAUAAAACCAAGGCUUUGGAAUUGACUAUAAAAAAUCCCAAUCGAGAUCGUCAAAAAUUGCUAAGAGAACAAUAUAUUCUAAAGCAAUUGUUCAAGAUCUUGCAGGGUCCCUUUCAAGAGCAUCCGGGCUGUGAUGGACCAUUUUUAAGAUUAGAUGAAUUAAGUGAUCCUAAGAAUAGUCCCUAUAAGAAUAUAUUUCGUUUAUGCUAUCGAAUUUUAAGACUGUCCCAGCAAGACUAUAGAAAAAAUCAGGAAUAUAUAGCCAAACAUUUUGGUUUAAUGCAAAAACAAAUCGGCUAUGAUAUUUUAGCCGAGGACACCAUUACCGCUUUGCUGCACAACAAUCGCAAAUUGUUGGAGAAACAUAUAACCGCUGCUGAAAUUGAAACUUUUGUGGGUUUAGUGCGUAAAAAUAUGCACAAUUGGGAUUCCAGAUUUUUAGAUUAUCUCUCCGAUUUGUGUGUUUCCAAUCGCAAAGCGAUUGCUGUUACCCAGGAACUGAUUUGUAAAAGUGUUUUGAGUACAAAAAAUUCCGAUAUUUUAAUAGAGACACAAGUUAAGGCCAUAAAGCAAAAGAAAACGAAUAAUGUUAAGAAAAAAGAACAUUCCCCUCUUACACCGCUGGCAGAAGAUGAUGAGAAAAUGCCAUUAUUAUCAACAAACACCACUUCCACCUGGGACCUAGAUAGUGUGGAUGAGGAGGAAGAAGUUAAAUAUGAAAUACAUUUAAAGUGGAAGGGUUUACAGGAAUCUCGUUCUAUGGCCGAUUUAGCCAACUGUGUGGCCCAAGGCAAAGAACUGGAGGCAGCCAUUUUAAAUUAUUAUCGUCAUCAAUUAAAUCUUUUCUCCAAUAUGUGUUUAAAUCGUCAAUAUUUGGCUUUAAAUAAUCUUUCGCCGCAUUUGGAUAUAGAUUUGAUAUUAAAAUGCAUGUCCGAUGAGUCCAUGCCUUAUGAAUUGAGAGCCUCUUUUUGCCGUCUUAUGUUACAUUUACAUGUGGAUCGUGAUCCACAGGAGCCGGUUACACCAGUGAAAUAUGCUAGACUUUGGAGUGAAAUACCAUCGAAAAUGUCUAUUUUAGAUUAUGAUGGUAAAAACCAACCGGCUGACUAUAACAAGGAAGCAGUACGUGCCAAAUUUAAUACCACCAUACAAUUUGUUGAAAAUUAUUUGUGCAAUGUGGCGGCCAAAGUUUGGUUAUUUACCGAUCAGGAGCAAAAUAAAUUAACAUUUGAGGUCGUUAAAUUGGCUCGUGAUUUGAUCUAUUUUGGUUUCUAUAGCUUUAGUGAUUUGCUCAGAUUAACGAAAACACUUUUGUGUAUAUUGGAUUGUGUUUCCGAUAAUAAUAUAGAAAGUUCAACAGCUUCCAAUACAGGACGAUUUGUAGCAGCAGAUACAGAUUCGGCUAAUGAGGAAGAACAAGCCGAAGGAGGUGUUUUACGUUCCAUAGGUGAUAUGAACACAGUCAUGACUAGUUUGGCUUUGGGUUCAGUGGGUCAAGUUAUGGCCACGCCCGCCAUAUCACUGCAACAACGUAAAUCUGUGUCCCAGCUUAUGAAAGAGUUCCCCUUAGUGAUGGACACUAAAUUGAAAAUUAUAGAAAUUCUACAAUUCAUACUCGAUGUACGUUUGGAUUAUAGAAUUAGUUGCCUCUUAUCGAUAUUCAAGCGUGAAUUUGAUGAAAGUGAUGCCCAGCAGCAGGCUCAGGCCGAGACAGCAGCACAAAAUCAAGCCAAUCCCGCCGAUCCACAAGCGGCCGCCCAGGCUUUUCAGCAACGUCAAAAGAAUAUCGAUUUAGAGUCAAUUGGUGUACAGGCAGAGGGUAUUUUUGAUUGUGAUAGUGGUGAUGCGGCCAAUUUGGACUUGGAUGGUCAGGGAGGGCGUACUUUCUUGAGAGUUUUAUUGCAUUUAAUUAUGCAUGAUUAUCCACCGUUGGUAUCGGGUGCCCUGCAUUUGCUCUUUCGUCAUUUCAGCCAAAGGCAAGAAGUUUUACAUGCCUUUCGCCAGUGGAUGGGUAUAGUACAACUUUUGGUUUCCGACAGUGAUGUUGAGUCCUAUAAACAAAUUAAACAUGAUUUGGAUAUUUUAAGACAAAGUGUAGAGAAAUCUGAAUUGUGGGUUUAUAAAUCGAAAACUUCAGAGGAAUUAAAUACCACUGGUGGCGAUUCUACUAUUGAUAAUGUUACUUUAAGCAACGAAUAUAAGGCUUCACUGUCCAGCGAACAACUAAAUGAAUAUAAGAAAGUUAAGGAGAUAUUAAUACGCAUGAAUCAGUUUUGUGUAACACCAGGUCCCUAUGUUAAACCUCGCAAACAUGAACAGCGUCUUUUGCGCAACGUUGGUGUCCACACAGUGGUCUUGGAUCUUUUACAAAAUCCCUACGAUGAGAAAGAUGAUGUUCUCAUGAAGGAGUUAAUGUUUUUGGCUCAUGAGUUUUUGCAAAAUUUCUGUUUGGGCAAUCAACAGAAUCAAGUAUUGCUGCACAAUCAUUUGGAUCUAUUCCUGAAUCCAGGGAUCCUAGAAGCCAAAACAGUUUGCUCCAUAUUCAAAGACAACUUGGCUUUAUGCAAUGAGGUCACCGAUAAAGUGGUACAGCAUUUUGUGCACUGCAUCGAAAUACAUGGACGUCAUGUAGUCUAUUUGCAAUUUUUGCAAACUAUUGUGAAAGCUGAAAACCAAUUUAUACGCAAGUGUCAGGACAUGGUAAUGCAGGAAUUAAUUAAUGCUGGCGAAGAAGUUCUAGUGUUUUAUAAUGAUAAAUCCUCGUUUAACCAAUUUGUAACAAUGAUGCAAAAACAAAAAUCAGCUUUAAGUGAUGACAGUCCUCUAAAGUAUCAUGUAGAAUUGGUAAAACUAUUGGCCUGCUGUACCAUGGGCAAAAAUCUUUAUACCGAAAUAAAGUGCAAUAAUCUGUUGUCUUUGGAUGAUAUAGUAGCCAUUAUUUGUAAUCCAGCUUGUAUACCCGAGGUUAAAGAAGCCUAUGUGGAUUUUCUCAACCAUUGUUAUAUAGAUACUGAGGUAGAGAUGAAGGAAAUCUACUCCUCUGGACAUAUGUGGAAUUUGUUUGAGAAAAGCUUUUUGGUGGACAUAAAUCUGUUGAUAGCUGGUGGCAUUAAUGCUGAUAAGUCCCUUAUGAAUUAUGUCCUUAAUGGUGUUUGCACUAUAUUGGCCACCUUCUUUAGCAGUCCCUUCUCAGAUCAAUCGACCAUUGUCCAGUCUAGACAAAUGAUAUUCGUACAAUUACUGCAAGCCUGUUAUCGUUUAUCCCAAUGCAAAUGGUUAAGUCUAGCUGAUCGCUUUAAUGUCGAAAAUUGUAUACGUACUUUGGCUGAGUCGGCCAAAACCAGGAGUAUUGCCAUACCCCUGGAUUUAGAGCAACAGGUGGUGACAAUGUCUAGCAAGACGGCAUUGUUAACUAGACAAACUACCAAAUGGCUUUUAGCCUCGAAACAGCCAAAAUAUGAGACACAGAAUUCGGGUAAUUUAAUGCGAUUAGAUAGGUCCAUUAUAGAAGGCUUGCAGGAUAUUGUAUCACUAUUGGAGGAACAAUUAAAGCCAGUAGUGGAAGCAGAAUUGUCUUUACUGGUAGACAUACUAUAUCGCUCGGAAUUGUUAUUCCCAGUGGGUACAGAUGCGCGUCGUAGAUGUGAGUCGGGUGGUUUUAUACGCAAAUUGAUCAAGCACACCGAGAAGUUGUUGGAGGAAAAGGAGGAGAAAUUGUGUGUUAAGGUGUUGAAAACUUUAAGAGAAAUGAUGGCCAUAGAUGUGAAUUAUGGUGAAAAGGGUGAUAACUUAAGGAAUACCUUGCUAAAACGUUAUUUUGAUAUAAAACCUUGUAACAGCUCACGAACACCCGUGGAGCAGAAAAAUGAUUUAGCUGCCUUGGUUAUGCCUAGCCAGGAAAGUCAGAAGCAUUUGAAUAUGGUUACUCAUGGUCCAGGAGCCAAAUAUUUGCAAAGAGCCGAAAAAACCUUACACGAAGUACAAAAUCAUUUGGAUCGUGAGGGAGCCUCUGAUUUGGUUAUAGAAUUGGUUAUUAAAUCUGUACACUCACCCUCUAUAUUUGUAGAGGCCAUAGAAUUGGGCAUAGCUCUCUUAGAGGGUGGUAAUCCCAUCAUACAAAAAGGCAUGUUCAAUAAAUUCCUUAGCGGUGACUUAAAUCAGCCUUUCUUCAAGGUAUUCUUUGACAAAAUGAAAGAUUCACAGCAGGAAAUAAAAUCUACGGUAACGGUCAACACUUCGGAUAUUGCUGCCAAGGCUCAUGAAAGUAAGCAGGAUGUUAACUUGGAAUUGGAUAAAAUUUCUCGUAAACAUGGUGUCAAAACUAAUGGUGUGGUCAUAACCGAAGAACUAAGAAAAGAACUGCAUAAUGCUGGCCUAGCCACCGCAAGAGCCUUUAGCAAUGCUCGCAAUCUACAUGCUGGAGAAGAUUCUACUUCCCUUAACAUCAACAGUCCUUUGGAGGAUAUAUUAGCGGAGAAACUAGACAAACACAAGGAUAAUAAAGAAGAACGCAAUAAGCUCUCCAAUAAAGUUCUAGUAAUGCAACCCAUCUUAAGAUUCCUGCAGCUGUUGUGUGAAAAUCAUAAUCCCGAUUUGCAAAAUCUUUUGCGCAAUCAAAACAAUAAAACCAACUACAAUCUGGUGUCGGAGACCUUAAUGUUCCUAGAUUGCAUUUGUGGUUCCACUACCGGUGGUUUGGGACUUUUGGGUCUUUAUAUCAAUGAAAACAAUGUGGCUCUUAUCAAUCAAACACUCGAAACUUUAACGGAAUAUUGUCAGGGUCCCUGUCAUGAGAAUCAAAAUUGUAUAGCCACCCAUGAAUCGAAUGGUCUGGAUAUUAUAACCGCUCUCAUUUUGAAUAACAUAAAUCCUUUGGGUGAAAAUCGCAUGGAUUUAGUGUUGGAAUUGAAAAAUAAUGCCUCGAAGCUUUUGCUCGCCAUUAUGGAAUCUCGCGGUGAUAGUGAAAAUGCCGAACGUAUUCUCUACAAUAUGAAUCCCAAGCAACUGGUGGAAGUGGCCUGCAAAGCUUAUCAUCAGGAGGAAAUGAUUGAUGAUCAUGAUAGUGACGAUGAUCCCGUAGAUACUGAUCAUGAUGAUGAAGAUGUUUCGGUUAGUCCGCGUGAGGUGGGUCACAAUAUCUAUAUAUUGUGUCAUCAGUUGGCUCAACACAAUAAGGAAUUGGCGGCAUUGCUGAAGGCCUCCGAGGAUCCUCAAUCGGCGAAUUUCGAUGCGAAAAUGAGUCAGGCUUUAAUGUAUUAUGCCACGCAUACAGCACAAAUUGAAAUUGUUCGUCACGAUCGUACAUUGGAGCAAAUUGUCUUUCCUAUUCCGGAAAUAUGCGAGUAUCUGACAACGGAUACCAAAAUGAAAAUAUUCCAUACGGCCGAACGUGAUGAUCAAGGCUCUAAAGUGGUGGAUUUCUUUGAUAAGGCUGAAGAAAUGUUUAACGAAAUGAAGUGGCAGAAAAAGCUAAGAGGACAACCUUUCCUAUUCUGGGUCAGCAGUUACAUGUCAUUGUGGAGUAAUAUAUUAUUUAAUUGUGUGGUCGUUAUUAAUUUAAUUGUAGCAUUUUUCUAUCCCUUCGAUAACACUGUGCCUGAACUCAGUCCACAUAUUUCUUUAUUAUUUUGGGCCAUCUUGAUAUUUUCUUUAGUUAUAGUCAUUACAUUACCUCGUGAAUCUGGCAUACGUACAUUAAUAGGUUCAAUUAUAUUACGUUCGAUAUUUUUACUGGGACCGGAGUCAACGCUGUGUUUGCUGGGUGUGGUAACGGUCACUUUAAAAAGUGUCCAUAUUAUAAGUAUAAUGGGCAAUAAGGGCACAUUGGAAAAGCACUUCUUUAAAAUUAUAACCGAUUUUCAAUUGUUAUAUCACUGCAUUUAUAUAGUUUUCUGUUUCUGUGGACUACUAUUUCAUCCAUUCUUCUAUUCACUGCUGCUUUUCGAUGUUGUCUACCGUGAGGAAACCCUGGUUAAUGUUAUACGUUCCGUAACUCGCAAUGGCCGUUCUAUAGUUUUGACUGCUGUUUUGGCUUUGAUUUUGGUCUAUCUGUUUUCUAUUAUUGGUUAUAUGUUCUUUAGGGAUGAUUUCCUUGUUCCAGUAGAUGUUGAAGAAGUGGAAAAUGCGGUCGAUGCUACGUUAUCGGUUACUCCCGAUGGCACGUGUCCUUCUCCAGAUGAUUUGCAAACUUCCAGAUUAGUUGAGACUGGUGGUGGCGGUGGUGAUGUUAAGGAACGUGCUUGCGACUCUUUGGUUAUGUGUAUUGUAACGACUCUAAAUCAGGGUUUAAGAAAUGGAGGUGGUAUUGGUGAUAUUUUGAGAGCACCUUCAAGCAAGGAGGGACUUUUUGCCGCUCGUGUCAUCUACGAUCUACUCUUCUUCUUCAUUGUCAUCAUUAUCGUACUAAAUCUGAUUUUUGGUGUCAUCAUCGAUACCUUUGCCGAUCUGAGAAGUGAAAAGCAGCAAAAAGAAUUGAUUCUGAAAAAUACCUGUUUCAUAUGUGGUCUCAAUCGUUCGGCUUUCGAUAAUAAGACGGUCAGCUUCGAAGAACACAUUAAAUCCGAACACAAUAUGUGGCAUUAUCUCUACUUUAUAGUUUUGGUUAAGGUAAAAGAUCCAACAGAAUUUACAGGACCCGAAUCGUAUGUCUAUGCCAUGGUUAAAGCGGGCAUAUUAGAUUGGUUCCCACGUUUAAGGGCCAUGUCUUUGGCAGCAGUUGAUGCUGACGGUGAACAGAUAGAAUUGCGUAGCAUGCAGGCACAAUUGCUGGAGACCCAGAUGUUAAUAACAAAUUUAUCACAACAAUUGCAUGAACUGAAGGAUCACAUGACAGAGCAGCGCAAACAAAAACAACGUUUGGGUUUGUUGAAUACAACAGCAAGUAGUUUUUUGGCCGGCUAUCAAUUCCAAUAAAUGAGUUUAGUUUGAAAUUUCAUAAAAAACUUCAUGAUUGACAAUUAUUUUAAAGUUUUUUUUUUCGCGCUUAAGCUGUUUUUAACUUUAUUUGAAACUUUUAUUUUUAUUAUUUUAUUAUAUUAACAAAUUGUGAUCUUUAAAUAUUUUUAAAACAAACAAAAAUAACAACUAAACAAACCUCAUAUUAAUGACUUUUUUGUAACAUUUGUUUUUUAUAAAAAUUUUAGUUUUUUGUUUUUUUUUUAAUAAUAAUUAUUACCUUUUUUGCAACAUUGUACUUUAACUUAAAGUUUAUUUGUUUGUUUUUUAUUUAAUUUUUUUUUUUUAAAUGCACUUUGUGUUUUUGUUACUGUUAUACAUCUUUUACAUUUAAAAAUGCAACUGUUAUACAACUGUUAUACAAUUUUAUUCUACUAAUAAGCAUUUAACUUUACUAUAUAAAAACUAAAAAGCAAACAAAACAUUAUUUAAAUUGUAAACUAUCCAAAAAAAUUAAAAAUUAACAACUAUUUAAUCGAAUGAGUAAUUUUAUUAAAUGUUUGCAAAGAAUAAUUAAAGAAAUAAGAAUGUAAUACGUCUAGCAGAAAGUAAAGUAAAUUGAAGAAUAUAGUAGUCAUAAAUUAAUAUGCAAUACACGUUAUAUUAAGAAUAAAAAGCACUAUAUAC